CAAACAGCAAACGGCGCCCAGAUCGGCGCUUUCAGCCUAUAUCCCGGCGCUGGCUACCCCAGACAUCCGCAUUUCCUAGAAAGGAAACCUUUAAUCUACGCCCGCGGUGCCACGUCCGACUGACAUCGCCAAUCACUCAGGUCGCACACACACUGCUGCUGCUUUCGGCACUAGCCAGCCGAAGUGACGCCGGCACAUACCCUCUGACCCGGCGCUGCUUGCUCGGACUCUGCAGGGCUCAGGCCGCCCGGGUUGGGCAGCCGCACGUGCAUAUCACAUCAUGGCACCCUCUAUCCGCCGGCCGGUGGCAACCGGACAGCCUGAGACUGUCUCAACCUCGUUCCUGCUGGCCAAUCUUCACUGUCCCACCUGUGUGUCGACCAUAAAAAGCGCGCUCCACGAGUCCUGUGGGGAGCUCAUCAAGUGGAUUUCACCUAAUAUAGUCACUUCCGUGGUGACAGUUGAGCACGCCCCGGACGCAUCUCCCCGCCAGAUGCGCAACGCCCUCGAGGAAAACGGCUUCGAAGUAUGCGGCAUCACAACCUCGUCCGACGCCGUAUCUGACCUGGACUUGGAACUUGGUGACGAUCAGCAGCACGGCGAGAGCAGUAACAGCAACAUGGAGCGCUCAGCGUCAGGAUUCAGUCGGUGGUUCAAGCCCUCCGGGCCACAGACCUCGCGGUCUCAAAAGACACUGGCCCAUCUCGCAAAUUGCGAGCAGUGCCGAGGCACCAUGGGUGCCGAAACGGACGAGAAGGGCGUGUUGGAGACCGUGUCCCACCAUGCCAACCUGGCCCUGGGCUCACCCACUGGCUCAAGCCCGCACACCAGCGCCGCCAAAUCUUUCAUUGCCAUUGAGAGCGAUAUGGACUCCUUGGCUCAACCGCUCUGGCGGGCCACGCUGGCCGUCGGAGGCAUGACAUGCUCCGCCUGUGCCAAUAUGAUCACCGAAGGACUGAAGAAGAAUGACUGGGUCACAAACGUCGUCGUCAACCUCCUCGGCAACAGCGCGACCGUGGACGUAAGGGAAAAGGAGAAGGCCGACGAGCUAGUCCAAGCCAUAGAGGACCUCGGGUACGAAGCGACCCUGGACUCGGUAACUGACCUCAACCAGGAGAAGCGGAAGGGCCCAGACCACUCAGACACGUGGCGGGUAACCGUUGCCAUUGGCGGUAUGACGUGCGCCUCCUGCUCAAACGGUAUCACGAGGGAAAUGAAGAAAAGGGAUUGGGUCGAGGACAUAACCGUCAACCUACUCACCAACAGUGCCUCGGUCGACAUCCAAGGCCGUGACAAUGCCGACAAGCUGGUGGAAGCGAUCGAAGACCUGGGCUACGACGCCGCCCUUGACGCCGUCGUCAGCCUAGCCCAAGAAGCCGCCGAGGACCACGAACGAACGGUCGAGAUCCGCAUCGACGGCCUUUACUGCGAGCACUGCCCGGACCGCGUAACCAAAAGCCUUGCCGGCUUUCGGCGCCAGAUCGAAGUCAUCACCCCACCAACCCGCCAGCGCCCCAUCAUGAAACUCACAUACACCCCGGACGCGCCGUCCUUCACCAUCCGCCGCAUCCUCAGCGCCGUCGAGGCGAGCGACCCGGGCUUCACCGCCACCAUCUACCAUCCACCAACCCUCGAAGAGCGCUCCAAGCAGAUCCAGCGCAAACACCGAUUCCAGAUCCUCUACCGUGUCAUCUUCACCGGCGCCGUCUGCAUCCCCUCCUUCAUCAUCGGCAUCGUGUAUAUGUCGCUGAUCCCCUCCGACGACCAUACCAAGCACUUCAUGAUGGAGCCUUGGACAUCGGGCAUCGGCCGCGCACAAAUAGCCCUCUUCAUCAUGGCGACGCCCGUCUACUUUUUCGCCGCCGAUCUGUUCCACCGCCGCGCCAUCAAGGAGAUCCGCACCCUCUGGCGGCGUGGCAGCAGGGUGCCCAUUUUGCAGCGGUUUUAUCGGUUCGGAAGCAUGAACACGCUCAUGUCGUUGGGCACGACCAUCGCCUACAUCAGCUCGGUGAGCCAGAUGAUUGCCGCCGCUGUGUACCAGCCGGAGGAGGUCAACGACUCGAAUUUUUAUUUUGACUCGGUCGUGUUCUUGACCUUUUUCUUAUUGUUGGGUCGGUUGAUCGAGAGUUAUAGCAAGUCGAAGACGGGCGAUGCGGUGGAGAUGCUAGCGAAGCUGAGGCCGACGACGGCGAUUCUAGUGGAGGGGUACGGGACCGAGAAGGAGGCGGAUGUCGUCGUCAAGGCGGAUUUGCUCGACUUUGGGGAUGUUGUGCGCGUUACGCACGGCGCUUCGCCCCCCUCCGACGGCACGAUCGUGAGGGGCGAGAGCAACUUUGACGAGUCCAGUCUGACGGGCGAGUCGCGGUUGGUGAAGAAGGUGCCGGGUGAUGAGGUUUUCUCGGGGACGGUCAACAAGAACGCCUCGCUCCUGGUGCGCAUCACCGGCGUGGCGGGAACGUCGUUGUUGGACCAGAUCGUCCACGUCGUCCGCGAGGGUCAGACGAAGCGGGCCCCGAUCGAACAGGUUGCGGAUAUGUUGACGUCGUACUUCGUCCCUGUUGUCACCUUCAUCGCCGUCCUCACCUGGAUCACCUGGCUCUCCCUCGGCCUCAGUGGCCGCAUCCCGGCCCAUUACCUGGAUGUCACAUCGGGCGGCUGGGUUGCAUUUUCGCUGCAGUUCGCCAUAUCGGUCUUCGUCGUGGCCUGCCCCUGUGGUCUCGCUCUUGCGGCUCCGACAGCCAUCUUCGUCGGUAGCGGCCUCGCGGCGAAGCAUGGUAUCCUGGCCAAGGGCGGCGGCGAGGCGUUCGAGAAGGCCAGCAGGAUCGAUUGCGUCGUCUUCGACAAGACCGGGACCUUGACCAUGGGUGGCGAACCGAGCAUCACCGACUCCGAGAUCUACCGGGAAGAUGCUUCCCAAAGGGACGCCGUCCUCGCGACCCUCAAAGCGGUCGAGGAGAACAGCAGCCACCCCAUCGCCAAGGCCAUCGUCUCCUUUUGCGCUACCCACACCACCUCCAGAGCCACCAUUGACAACCUUCAAGAAGUUCCCGGUAAAGGGAUGAAGGCGACAUACCAUAGCUCCGCCACGCCCGAAUCCUCCUUCGAGCUCGCCGUCGGCAACGAGUCCUUCAUGUCCGACUUCUCCGUCUUGAUCCCGGCUGAAACAACAGCCACACUCCAGCGCUGGAAAUCCGAAGCCAAGUCGGUCGCCCUGGCAGCCACCCGACCCCUCGACGGCGAGAAAUGGACCCUCGCCGCCGCACUCUCCAUCUCAGACCCCAUCCGCCCCGAGGCUCCGCGUAUUAUCCGCGCCCUCCAAUCCCGGGGCACCCGCGUCUGGAUGCUAUCAGGCGACAACCCCACCACGGCGGUAGCCGUCGCUCAGCAGCUGGGCAUUCCCGACGACCAAGUCAUCGCCGGCGUGCUACCGACGGGCAAGGCGGAGAAGAUCAAGUAUCUGCAGUCGACGCUCCGGGCGCGGGUGGGCGACAAGGACGAGUCUAGCAGCAAGCGCGCGAUGGUGGCCAUGGUCGGCGACGGCAUCAACGAUUCGCCGGCGCUGGCCACGGCCGACGUCGGCGUGGCGAUCGGGUCCGGCGCCGACGUGGCCAUCAGCAGCGCCGAUUUCGUGCUGGUCAAGAGCGACCUGCGCUCGGUCGUGGAUCUGCUGGACCUGUCCAAGGUGGUGUUCACGCGCAUCAAGUUCAACUUUGGCUGGGCCGUCGUGUACAACUGCAUCGCGCUGCCCGUGGCCGCGGGCAUCUUCUACCCCAUCAUGAGCAACGGGCAGCAUGUGAGGCUGGACCCCGUGUGGGCGAGCCUGGCGAUGGCGCUGAGCAGUAUAAGCGUGGUGCUGAGCUCGCUGGCGCUGAGGGUGCGGAUGAACGGGAUCGGGUACCGGGAGAGGCGGAUCGAGUGAGCGAGUGAUGCGAGUGAGCGAGUUGAUUUGCGUGCGUUAGUUUUCUUGGGCUUCUUGGUCGUGCUUGUGCUGUGGCCUAUGGGAGGGAGCGGUUGGGUCGGACAGGCAGCAUGCAUGUCUUGGUUUGCAUGCCACAUAAAGAUAGUUAGAUACCCUUAGUUUUUAUUCAAUGUCUUAUGUCUUGUAUUA